CCCUUCCGCCCCGCCUCACCCCGCCGGCCGCCGGCCCCGCCGCAGCCCCCCGGCCCCGGCCCGGCUCCGCGGCCCCGUCCGGCUCCUCCGGCUCCGCAGCGGCGAGCGGGGCUCCGGCACGUGACAGCGCCCGGCGCCCCCAUAGGCUGGGGCUGCCGGGCAACGUGGGCCCGCCCCCUCCCUGCACCUGAGAGAGAGCCUUACGCCAUCUGCGUAGGGGGAUGCCGGGCCGCCGCGCUAAUUCCGUAGCGGCGCGGAACCGGCGGUUUCCUCCCGCCGGGAGGAAAGCGCAGGAGGGAAGCUAGCGCAAGCCUUACGGAGUUGACGUAAAGGUCCUCGGCUCGGCCCGUUUCCUACCUGAGGCCGCUACUCCUUGCGUAAACUGCGCAGCUCCCCCCCGCCGCCCGGGCUCUCCGCGGCCGCGAGAGCUCCCGCGGCUACGAGGGUUAGGAGCAGCCGGGCCUGCACGGGGGAGCGUCACUUGCGUAAAGCCCCUCAAAGAGAGAUCAAGACAGAUGUGUUUGGGUUAGCUUUAUGCUGCCCUGCGAUAAUUCUUCCUAAUCCCAGACUGUUCUGGAGCAGACGGGCAUUGCCGUGAAGUUGAAGAGCGCGCCCCGAGUACUAUUGUCCGUCAGACUCUUCAGAGAAGUGCUAGCGUGCCAAAGCCUUUAGAGGCCAUCAAGCAGAUUUUGUUUCAGACAUAUUGAUGAACUCCCGUGCACAUUCAGCACACCAGUUAGCAGAGCUAAAGAUUCAAGCACUUGUGUUGCAGAUCAAUAUCACCUUCUGCAGAAGCUCAGCAGAAGCUUGCCUGCUGUUGCAAGUAGAAAAUGUGCAUAAACUAUGCUCCCUAAGAGAAAUGGAACAAACCAGAUCUUCCCUCAGGGCAGAGAGAAGUGCUGAAUCCCUAAAAACCUCUGCCUACCCUUGUCUCUGGUCCAGUUAUGCAGUUAGAAGCAGAUGUGUGGGACUGGGCCUGAUUUAAGUCUGCAAGGAUCACAGAAUUAAGGUUUGUUAAGCAAUCUGACAAAUGGAUAGUGAUGGAAACACCAGGAUUUAGCAUCUCAGCAAAAUGAAAUGUCUGCCCGCAUGCCAGUGCAUGCUGCAGUAAUCCUUGCAAGGCUGCCAGACCCUCUUAUCCACAUGACAGCAGAUCCAGCAACUUCUGCACACCCAGUUGAGCCUCUAUCAGAAGAUUGCGAUUGAUCCUCAUCUGGAAUUUGUCUGUAAAUACAGACUGAUACAGAAGCCAGCAUCCUAGAAACGACCCCAGGCCACCUCAGUCCCCAAGCCAGUUCUGAGCGCCUGUCACAGAUAUGGAGGAGACACCAGGAACUUCAUACUCUGAAAAUAAUAGCAGCUGUUCCUCAUCCCCAUGUGAAAAUGGUGGGAGCUGUAAGGAUUUGGAAGUGGGUUACCAGUGCACCUGCCCUGUGGAGCCUGUAGCCUACAUGGGCAUAAACUGUGAACUCCUCUAUGAUGCAUGCAUUAAACACGAGUGUCUUGCGCAUAGGAUUUGUAACGGGGCUCCAGGACUCAUGGAAUAUGAUUGCAUCUGUAUGCCUGGCUUCACAGGUAUUGAUUGUAACGUUAAUAUUAAUGAGUGUGAGAGCGACCCAUGUAAAGAUCCUCGUUUUGAAUGUGUAGAUAGUGUAAAUGGAUACACCUGUAAAUGCCAAACAGGACUGAAUGGCGAAGGCUGCCAAACAGAAAGCUCUGUGUGCUCUAGCCACCCCUGCCUAAAUAAUGGAACAUGUGUCGAGGGUCCGGGGAACUAUACCUGCAUCUGCCCACCUGGCUUCACCGGGGCCAACUGCAGAGACAACAUUGAUGAGUGCAUCUCCAACCCCUGCCAGAACGGAGCCAUCUGCCGAGACAGGGUGAAUGAGUAUAGCUGUUUCUGUGUGCCUGGGUUCCAAGGAUACAACUGUGAAAUAGACAUCAACGAGUGUGCAUCCCGGCCCUGUAAAAACAAUGGCACCUGCCUGAAUGAGAUGGAUCACUAUUUGUGCAAGUGCAUCCCCGGCUACACAGGUGUGAACUGUGAUGCUGAAAUAGAUGAAUGUGAUUCAGAGCCUUGCCAGAAUGGGGCCCUGUGCAGUGAUCAUGUAGGGUUCUACACCUGCACCUGCGCACCAGGUUACCAAGGAAUCCAGUGUGAGGUGGACAUCGAUGAAUGUGCGAGCCAGCCGUGCCAGCACAAUGGGACGUGUCGUGACCUCGUUAAUAGCUACCGUUGUGACUGCAGUGACACGGGCUUUGAGGGGGACCACUGUGAGUUGGAUAUCCUGGAGUGUGCCUCUGAACCCUGUCUGAACAGUGCCACGUGUGUGGAGGGAAUAAAACACUACAGCUGUGCCUGCUGGCCAGGUUACACGGGGCAGCACUGUGAAGAGGAUGUGGAUGAGUGUGCAACAGAUCCCUGUCACAAUGGAGGUGUGUGCUUUGAGCGAUCCAACCAAGCCUAUUACGGAACACGACCUGACUUUCCCAGUAACUUCAGCUACAGCCAAGCAGCUGGUUUCCUCUGCUCGUGCCAGCCAGGCUUUACAGGGGAGACCUGCUUUAUUAACAUUGAUGAGUGCGAGUCCCAGCCGUGUCAGAAUGGAGGGCUCUGCGUGGACCUUAUUAACAGCUUCCUUUGUCAGUGCCUGCCAGGUUAUUCAGGUGUGGAAUGUGCUGUUAACAUCAAUGAGUGUGAGGGUCGUCCCUGCAAGAAUGGAGCUGUCUGUGAGGAUGGCAUUGCUGACUAUACCUGCCACUGUGCCCCUAGCCAGGAUGGCAUUAUAUGGGGAGGGAAGAACUGCUCUGUCAAGCUCACUGGGUGCCAGACGCAUGACUGCCAAAAUGAGGCCUUGUGCAUCCCAACCUACCAAGCUGAGAGCCACGGCCACCUGUGCCAGUGCCAGCCUGGUUUCUAUGAUGCCACAUGCUCAACACCAACAACGUUUUCCUUUGCUUCCAGAGGGUAUCUCCUCAUUGAGCUGCCCGUGAACAAUCAGAGCAGGAGGGAUGUAGCAGAUCAGCUUGCCAGCGUGUCCCUCCGGUUCCGAACCACCUUGCCCAGCGCUAUCCUUUUUUACCGAGGCCAUGAAGCUGAAUACUUGUUCCUGGAACUCUUUGAUGGCAUUCUGUGUGCCAGACUGAAGAAGGAGGAUGUUGGGUACCCGCUGCUUCUGGAGGGGCUGAGAGUUGAUGAUGGCCAGUGGCAUAAAGUUGAAGUUGUUCUGCACAGCACUGUGCAGCUAAAGCUCUGGCAUGACUCUUGUGAUGCAGGUGUCUGCCUGCAGAGCUCUCCUGUCCCGCAUGGCACCGCUUUGAUCCCGCACGCCUUCCUGAACAUGUAUGUUGGAGGUGCUGAGGAUCCAAUGGCCAACAACACACAGAGCCAGCAAGGCUUUGUCGGCUGCCUGGAAGACUUUCAGGUAGAUGCUGUGGCUGUGCUCCCGGUGGAUCUGCCUGUGGGUGAGUCCUCCCCAGUGAAGCGGGGCUGUGACCGGACAGAGUGGUGCCUCUCCCAGCCCUGCUUUCAUGGCGGGCUCUGCGUGGACCUUUGGGCAACCUUCAGGUGCGACUGUUCUAGGCCGUACGGAGGCCCAGCUUGCUCGUACGAGCGUCCAGCAGCAACAUUUGGCCUAGAGAAUUCCACCAGCUUUGCCUCUUUCACCCUUUCUGAGAGCCUUGGUGCAAACUUCAACAUCUCCUUUUUCAUUCGUAGUUGGAAACCUAACGGUUUGCUCUUGCAAAUCAGCAACGAAACUGACCCCUGCCUCACCAUAUACUUGAGGAACGGCAAGCUGCAGAUAGAGAUGUUAUCUACGGAUCCUGUCAUGUUUCCAGAAAAUGUAGUUGAUGGGAGAAGACACUUGGUAGCUCUGUCUUUCCAAGGAGGCAUUGUUGGUGUUCACCAGUCAGAUGCAUAUCUGGAGCUAGGGCAGCUCGUAGCAAGUCCUCUCUUAGCUGGUUAUGAAGUCCAUAUUGGUGGACAUCCUGACCCAGGCAGCGCUGAUAUGUGGGGAGGCUAUUUUAAAGGCUGUUUGCAAGACAUCCAACUGAACAGCCACCAAAUAGAGUUUUUUCAGGAUGAGAACUACAGUCUGCCCCUGGAGCUCAAUAGGACUCAAAGUGGCAAUCUUGUGAAUGGUUGCAUCUCUGAUAACACCUGCAAGUCUGAACCGUGUCAGAACGGUGGCAGAUGCAUUGUCACUUGGAAUGAUUUCCAUUGCAGCUGCCCUGCAAAUUUUACUGGGAAAUUUUGUGAAGAGAGAGUCUGGUGUGCAAGUGACCCAUGUCCUCAAGCUACCACCUGUAUAGAUGUUCUAGCAGGAUAUGUGUGCCUGGCUAAUGCAACAUUUAAUAGUUAUGCUGCCAUUGAAUUUACCACCAAUACAUCAGUGACCAGAACUCUGAGCAGCCUCCACGUGGAUUUCAGAACCAGGGAUGAAGAUGCUGUUUUGCUUCGGGCUGUGGAAGAAGUGGAUUCUCUCCAGAUAGCCAUUAAGAACUCCUCCCUGCUCGUUGACAUCAGAAGCGGGAACAGCAUCGAAGGUGUCAGCUUCCUGAGCCAGAAGUCCGUCACGGACGGUGCCUGGCACACCAUCUCUGUGUCUAUGGAGGAGCCAUCUGCGCUUUCUUCCAGAUGGCUGGCUCGUUUGGAUGGGUCUGAUAACAUGACUCUGCAGGGGAACGCUGGCAGCCUGGACUUCCUAAAGAACAAUGUGCUGAUUGUUCUAGCUGAAAAUUUCACUGGCUGCCUAGGACAGGUGAAGAUAGGGGGGAUCUACCUGCCGUUCACUGCCCACCUCCCGUACCCCCAGCCCGAACAGUUCCAGCAGUCCAGCAGAGGCACCAUCCAGCUGGGCUGCACUGGGGCUGAUGUUUGUGCUUCCAGCCCUUGCCUCAAUGCUGGCACCUGCAAGGACUUGUUCAAUUCCUUCAGCUGUGCCUGCAGCGCUGGCUGGGGGGGGCUGCUGUGCGAGUCUAACAUUGAUGACUGCCAGUCAAGCCCAUGUGUUCAUGGGGACUGUGUCGAUGCCAUAGCAGAUUUUCAGUGUGACUGCUUCCGGGGGUACAUCGGGAAGAAGUGUGACAUCAACGUCGAUGACUGCGUGCGGCACCAGUGCCUAAACGGAGCUACCUGCAUUGAUGGGGUUUAUGGCUACUCCUGCAAGUGCCCUCCUCAGUAUUCAGGACCUCGCUGCGAAUGGCCAUUCCCACCCGAGCAAUGCGGUAAAAACUUCACCUGUCUGAAUGGUGGCAAGUGCGUCAGCGAGAGCUGGGGAGCCAAUUGCACUUGCAAGCCAGGUUUCACUGGAAGGAACUGUCAAAUUAAUAUAAACGAGUGUGAUCCAAACCCUUGCCAGAACGGAGGUACGUGUCAAGACUCUGAGAACAAAUACGAGUGUCUGUGCAGCAGCAGCUACACGGGAGAGCGCUGCGACAUUAACAAAGGGACUCCAGGUGCUCUCUUCCCCUCCCCACUAAUUGAAGUAGCUGUCCCUGUAGCCUGUGGCUCUUUACUGCUGCUCAGUAUUGGGCUCAUAUUCAUGAUUCUCACUGCAAGGAAGCGGCGGCAGUCAGAGGGAACCUACAGUCCGAGUCAGCAAGAAGUGGCAGGAGCUCGGCUGGAGAUGGACAGUGUCCUAAAAGUGCCACCUGAAGAGCGGUUAAUAUAGGCACUACCGUGACAAGGAGAUGCACCCGCAAGGUCUGCUCUGACCUUGGUCUCUUUCCAGCACUUGCAGCAGCAGAUCCACCCUAUCUCAGUUUCCUUAAGGCACAGUAAUGAAGACAUGGACUUAGAAGUACAAGGCAGACGGUAUAUGCUGGUCCAGCUGGUUUCAGUUACUGGAGUGAGUUGCACACCCCUGGCUCAAGGCGAGCCGCUUUUAACCCCUGUCUUCCCUGCCCCACAUGGUCACCUGCGCAGGAGCUGCUGGGGUGCACCUGCUCUGAAGUUGCUCUGGCUCCAGUCCACCUUUCAGGCAGCAGUGGCGUACUUAAAUCUGCUUUAAAAGGCAGGGUGAAGUUAGGCACUAAUUUGCAGAUUAAGAGCUAUAUAUACUUUCAAGGAGCGAUGAAUAGAGGGUAUUUAUGAUUGGGUUGUAUAUGCUGUUCUGUCGUUGUCACUGAAAUGCAUGCAAAGCUUUUUCAGCUCAGGUGUACAAGUUUUUCACAAGCAGUCAGUCUGCAACAGCAACAGCAGCUGUGACCUCCUGCCCUGAGACAGCCACAGCGUUACAGGGCUGGUCAGGCAUUACCGACAUCACUGGACCAAUCCAUGUCUUGUGACGUGAUCGCUGUUAGACAUUCCCACGGGUACCGCACAGGACCGGUGCCGCCAGACCGCUGGGGCUUUGUGGGCCAGUGCCGGAGCGAGCUGUGGUACCUGUUGCCAAAUGCUAAACUUACGGCUUUGGGGGGGGAGGGGUGAGCAGGGAAAGGGUCACCAGCUGCUUCUGUACGCCCUGGACUCUGGUGUGACAUAGCGGGGACAGUGACGGGGAAGCGCUGCUCUAGCGCUGCUUAGAGCGAGGCGCUGGGGAUGGGGCUGAGGGGUGCGAAAUGCAGCACUGUCCCCGCUGGUGCGCUGAGUAACACCCUCUUCUACCGCAGCAGCCACUGUGGGUGCAUCUUAGCAACCCCUCGGUUGUGGGAGCAGUCGGGGCUGCAGGGGCUGCCCUCCUCCUCACAGUUGCUGCAGCCACGGCCAUUGCCAUGAAGAGGAGGCGAGCGACUCAGGGAACGUACAGCCCAAGCCGUCAAGAAAAAGAUGGGGCUCGCGUGGAAAUGUGGAACGUAAUCAAGAUGCCACCGACCGAGCGGCUGAUAUAAGGACUGGGGACACCCAACAGGGGCCGUGUCAUCCUUUAACAAUCCUGGAACUGCUGCAGCGUCUCUGUCUUAGGUCUUGAGCUGUGUUUUUGUAGGCCAGGUCUGUAUGGCUUUAAGCUACUUCAUCGGCUACCGGUGCCUGCCUGCUGCUGCUUGGCACUAAGACGCCACUGCUUGAACAAGCUCGGUUAUUGCAGCUCAUCCAGUAAAUGAGCGUAUGAAGUUGGGCUGUCAGCAAGAACAGUGACGUCUGGGCGGGCUGGAGGGGCCAGUGGAGGCGAGGAAGCACGCUGGGGCUGGGGCAGCAGAGGGCAGGUACGCAGAAACACUGAAAGAAUGCAAUACCCUGUGUCACCUGCAAGAGAUGGCCGUUUGUCCGUCUGUGCUGUGCUCUACCUUGCUGCUCAUGCCGCUCCCUCAGUCAGGUGAGGCCUCACAGCCCUUGAACCUGCCACACCAGGCACUCAACGUACACGGCAACGCGCGAAUAAGCGAGGCAGGUCUGAUUAAUGGGAAUUAAACCCUUGUAGUAAGAAAUAAUGUGAAAAGUGUUUCUGGUUCAGCAAACGUGCCGGUGCCCCCUCUGCAAAGCUAAGCCAGGUGACUGACUGAUGGGAGACGGUUCCUAGGGCUGCUGCCAUCCUUCCAUAGCUAGGCCAUCGCUAGCAUUACAUGACCAGAAAAUAAGUCCCACUCUGCUAUAGUAGACACCUUCUAAAUCUUUUCCUAAGACUAGACUUAAAAAAAAGAAAAAUCUUAAGUGCCUUCCUGAGACUGAGUUGCCAGUUACAGUAUUAACUGUCUUGAAAGGAGCGUGUUUAUAUGUAGAAAAACUGAUCACUGGCUUCGAUCAGUCUUUGCCACGAGGCUGGAUGGUUCUGCCCCCCGUUCACAGCUGUGGCACCUGCCCUCCCCACAGGCUUAGAGAGCGCAUGGUUGAACACCAGGUGAUGCUUGAGUGAGGAGGAGGAUUUCAAGCCCUGCACCUCUCGGGACAGACAGGUUUGGGCUUGUCAGUACCGAAGAGCUGAAUUUAGUUAACUCACAUCGUGACCUUUAACACAAAACCGGGGUGCUGGUGGAGUGAGACACACACCAGUCAUUUUCCACAUUGGCCUAAAAAGGCUAUUUAUUCUGUGGCUUUCCCUCGCCUUUGUUACUGUUACAGCUGUUAAGUGUGCUAUUUCGGCUUUAGCAUAACGUGGCAGAGCCUGUGGAAAGAAAUGCAGCUGAGCAGGCCCAAUAAGGGCUAAACUCUUUAGCAUUUCAGGAUAAUUACUACAACUAUCAAUGAGAAAUAUUUUAGAAAACAGCAUCUGCUUUUUUAUCUCCAAAAUAUAUUAAUAAGCAGGGUGUGAAUCCGCCCACUGUAGCUAAUCACCACCAGAAAAAAUGCUAUUCGGUUUUGCUCUUGGAUGUUUGUUGUUUUGGUUUUUUUCCCCCCCCCUUUACUGUAGCUGUAACUUUUUCUGCAAUUCUAAGCAAAGGGAAGAGUACAAAGCCACUGAUCAGGUCUGUCUGCUUGAAAACCAGGUCUUCUGCACGCUUGUGACUGCUGCUGGGAGACAAAGAAUGAAACUUUUGGAAAAUAGGAAAAAAAAAUCAAACCAUUGUGAGACAAGACAAUUGUGUGUGUGAGAUCACUUUCCCUCGAAUACUGAGGAAAAGUCGAAGGAGCAAGUAGUGACCCCACCCUGGCUACGGCUUGGGAAGGCGUUGGACAUAGUGCUGAUAGGGAAAGAAAUGACCUAUCUUCAGUCCGGUGAGCUUGCUAGCGCUUUUAUUUAUUUGUUAGUAAUAACACUGCUGUUACUUCUAAUAGGAGUGGUUUGCGCCGUGUAUUUUCCAGCUGCUCUUUCGGAAGGUGUAAUCCCCUCUCAGAACGGAGGCAGCUGUAGUGCCCAGCCCCCUUGGUGCCGGGGAGCUGCUACACCGCGCGCCUUGGGAAAAGGGUGAGUGUAGUUUUGCUCAGCAGCAUUCGUGCAGCAGAGGAUAAACAGCCAAAGCAGGCGGCGCUUUCUGGGAGAGCAGGUCUGAAGGGGCAGGGCCCACGUGCUGAGCUGGUCACUGUGGUUCUGGAGAAACAAAAAUUCACCCUCGGUCUGAGUCUGUCCUUGUCUUGAGGGUCGUGUCCUGGGGAGAAAGGACGCGCAGACCCGGGGGCAGCGCCAGCGGGCCGGCCCAGGAGCCCGGGGCAGAGCUCUGCUCUGUCACCUUUCCGCAAACACAACGGUAGGUGGGUUUUUCUUCACCCCAUGACGACUUGUAAUAAACCUACAGCAAGCUUCAAUAGGCUCCAGGUUUCUGAAAACUCCAACCUGAUUAACCUCCAGGCUGUUACUUUUUAGCUCCACUCCAUUUUUUUGGUGUUUAAAUUGUAGAAAAAUGAAGGCAGCAACAGGAUCUAAUUGAACAAAUAUUACUCCAGCCUGUUUGCUUUGAGACGAAAACCAGAAUUGCGAUGUAAGAACUAUCACUAAGCUACUGCAAUAUCCUGAAAGGCAGCCAGAAGCUACAAACCCCACAACAGCAAAGGCAUCUAAAACCCAGCAAACUGGAAGCGGUGAGUCUGUCUGCAGCCCCUGCUGCUCCUGGGUAGUCGCAGGAGGCCCCAGCUCAGGCGCGUUACAGGAUUAGCACAGCAGAUGUUCUCAGUUCAAGCACCCAAAGCCAGUACUAGCAAAAAUGUUAAAAUACUUUGUCAGUGUCUUGAGCGUUUCUGCAAAAUAAUUUAUGGAAGUUGUGUUUUUUGUUUUUGUUUGGGGGUUUUUUCAAUAAUGAACUUAACUUUCUUUUGAUAUUUAAUUUUUGAAUAUAUUUUUUCCACAAACCUGGAUUUGCUGUAGUUAAUGAUCGUGAUCCUGAUUUCUUUUGUAAUUGUAAAUUUUAUAAUUUGUAAAAAAAAAUUAGAAUUCCUUCAAAAGAAAUUUACAAUAAAAUUUGGUUAAAAAUA